AUGAAGCACACAGCUCCCCUCUUGAAGUCUCCUCCUGCCCUUCAGGAUCUUCCUCCAUGCAUGAACGCUUCAGACAUCGGGACUUUGCUUCUGAUAUCUGGGGCCAAUGUGUUUGAUCCGACGCCGAGAGGGAGGAUGGACAUCUUGGUAGGAGGAGGGAAAGUCCUUAGAAUGUUUGAAGGAGGAGGGUUCGAUCCCGCGGAGUUAGAGCGGAAAGGCCUCUUGCGAGUCGUCGAUGCUUCUGGUCUGAUCGCGACUCCAGGGCUAGUGGACAUGCACGUCCACCUGACAGGAGGAGGAGGAGAGGCAGGACCAGCGUCUCGUGUGCCCCAGCCGAGGCUCUCCGAGUUCAUCCAAGGAGGACUGACCACGGUCGUCGGGCUCCUCGGGACCGACUCGAUCUCGAGAUCGCUGGAGUCGUUGUCGAUGACGGUGGCAGGGCUGAACUUGCUCCCGAUCUCUGCCUUCAUGUACACUGGAGCCUACAAGACUCUUCCGGAGAGUCCAAACUUGCUUGGCUCGGUCAUGAAGGACAUAGCGCUGCUGGAGACGGUAGUCGGAGUGAAGGUAUCUGCUCUGCCCUCUCAACCAGGCAUCGCAUCUGAUCGCUCAGUGGAGGUUGCGAUAUCCGACUUCAGAGGGAGUCAACCCACCCUAUCGCACAUGGUGAACUUGGCGGCGGAUGCCAAGGUCGGGGGGAUGCUGGGAGGGAAGUCCGGGAUCGUGUACUUGCACAUCGGGAGCAAUGUAGAGAAGUUAGACAUGCUGUGGGACAUCGUCAACAUCACCGGUUUACCCAAGACCCAGGUUGUUCCCACGCACGUUGGACGAACUCCAGAACUGGCGCGAGCGUCUGCCAUGUGGCUGAGAGAUGGGGGAAUUGUGGACGUGACAGCAAACUCCAAGGCAGCGGAUGUUGUCGAGGCGUACAUCAACGCCGGGUUGCCUUUGGAGAGAGUCUGUGCCUUUGGAUCUCUCCCCAAGUUCGACAGCAACAAGCAGCUCAUUGGCUACUCCUACGCCAAACCGACGCGCCUGGUUAACUUCCUGAGAGAAAUGCUCGCCCGAGGUCACAACCUCGCUGAAAUUCUCCCACUGGUGACGUACAACCCCUCGGCCACGCUCAAGCUCCCUCGAGGGAAAGGAAGGAUAGUGGAGGGAGGAGACGCAGACAUAGCUCUGUGGAAACUCAACGACAAGGCAACGGAGGCGAAGGAGAAUCUCGUCCUGAAAGGAUUGUUUUCAAAGGGCAUGACAGCUCUCUCAUCUACUUGUGUAGCCACCGACAUGUUCGGGAGAAUUCGAUCUACGUGA